AUGGACUCGGGGAAAACGAAAAGUCCCAAUUUGAAAAGUAACGAGAAUGCGAAAACAAAAAUGGAAGACUCGGCUAAAACAAAGGGACAUUGCAGGUCAAAGAGCCAAACUUAUAGUUUCACAGGCUCCGUUUGCGAUGAAAUCGAAAAACACUUUGAGCAAAGUUUGUCCCUCCUCGACCAAAAGCAUCAAAAAUCGAAAAGUCUUCCUCGUGCCAUGAAAGGAUCUUUUCCAGCCUCAUUUUUCGAGCAAAAGCUCAAACAACAUUCUUCAACAGACUCUCUUCAAAAUUCAUCAGACUCUGGCUCUCUUGGCCCAAUGCGGGUCCAUCGAACGCACUCUUCCUCUAAAAGAAACCGAAAUAGAGAAAUCGAAAACAAAGACUCGCACAAGAAGGGUCGACAAUAUAAACAACUCCAGUCUCUUAUCAAAAGCGAACCUCCCAGCGCACAGAAUCACCUCAAAGGAGUUGGAUCUCCCGGCUCUGCUUACUCGUCAUCCCUUGGUUCGCCUCAACACGCAAGUAACUCACUUCAAGGCUCUCACUGCACGGUUGGUGUCCACAACGCCGGCAAGCCUCCGAACGCCCAAGCAACGUCAAUCAACCACUCGCAACACUCAAGAUCGCGUUCGCUGCCGAUAAUACCAAAACGUCAGCCCACCCAAGCAAUGGGCCGAAUACAGCCACUCGCAGUUGAUAUCGAGCGAAUCCCAUUGCCUGGAAACUGGGAAAUGUGUUUUCAAAACGGCAUACGCUACUUCGUCGACAGAUCGAGAAAACUCUCGCAGAUGGAAGAUCCCAGAGUGCAGAUUCUAGAGCAGUUCAAGCGAAAACACAUGGAACUGUGCGAAUACAACGAUGCUUCACAAUUGCCGUCGCAUUGUGAGCGACAAGUGACACGUGACCAGAAGGUCUUUUUCAUUAAUCAUGAGACUAAACAAACGAGCUGGAUCCACCCACUCGUCGAGCAACAGUUACUACCAGAAAACUCACUCGUGGGACAACCACACUCCCUUCCUGGGCCCGAUUGCAUGCACCUUAACGGACCUCUCAACGAUCAAAUCAGCGAAAUAACAACCGACAGUUCCAUGACCGACGAUUCCAUCAAUAUGCACUCAAGUUUUGACUCCUCAUUGAGCCCCAAGCGCCCUUCACACAUGACGAAUAUGCCCGUUCAGUCCCAAAACAAUUGCCAAUUCGGAAGCAAUGGCCAAAGUACUGGAAACGGCACUAUGUACUACGAUUCGACCACCUCCAUGAUGAGCCGCCUUCAAAUGCACCAAAUGUCCCCCUCUCCCCAGCAGGCGCCUUCAUACGACCACAAUCAGAAUUCGAAUCCUACCUUUUCUAACUCCCCUCAUAAUCAGCAACACAUCGACUCGCAGGUCCAAGACUACAUGAUGGACAUGGGACUUGAUCCAAAUCGUUACUCUCAUUUUCAGUCUAAUUCUUCGCAAUCAUUGCCCCAAAGCCUCCGAAGAGGAAUUCAGAUGAAGCAGUUCCCACAGAGGCCGAUGUACCCUCAUCAACGAUCCCAUUCUCACCAUCUUCUCCCAGACAGACUCCACCAGCCGGUUCCCAGAUCACAUUCAAAUAUCUCCAUGGCCGAACAACGACACUAUCAAAACCCAGGCGAUCAACACGAUAUCCUCCAAAGUCAGCACUUCCAAGGGAUGGAGCAAAGUUCGAACAAUAACUCUUCUGGCUUCGCUGACAAUGAUCCAUUGAGCCAAAUCGAACUCGACAUUGGCACUUUUGGAACCGACCUGCCAAAGGAUAUCUUACAAAAGGCUCUUUUUCCCGACCGCGUCGUUCGCAGCUGA